GAUGGAUGGAUGGAUGGAUGGAUGGAUGGAUGGAUGGAUGGAUGGAUGGAUGGAUUUACAUCAUGGUCGUAACUCCCUUUUUCUACAUAAAAUGGUUCUAAUUUAAAAGUCUGGCAUGAAAAGCGGCGGGCGACAUGCAUCCAUUAAAAAAAAAACUCUGGGCCUUUAAUUUCAGAACCGGAUCCGGUUCUGGUCUCUCCCUCCCGCCUCUUACGCAGAAUCUGUCUCAGCCGCAGACACAGCGUGGGGCUGCUGGCUCUACAGGGAGGGGACGGGUGGGCAUCAAGGUGGGAGACAAGAGAAGGAGGGGCCACGUGUCACCCCCCACCCUCCUUCCCCCUUCUUUAAAGGCUACCAACGGCGCGCGGAGACGAACAUCACGCAGCACGUCGGAAGACUUUUUUUUUUAUGUAACAACCGGCUGCAAAGCGAUCAGACCCCAGAGACGGUGACUGACAGGCGCACUGCGAGCCUCCACAUAUAAGAGGGGGGAGGAGGGAGCCUCAGAGCCACAGAUCCUCCAGGCUCUGGAUGUAGGGGACCAAAGCGGACUGAAGCGGCUUUUAUUUUUUUAUCUUUACGCGCCGGUUUUACAGGGAACAUCUUCAUUUCAUUCACUUCAUCCUGGGUACAAACUAAAAGAAAAAAAGUUUACAAUUACAGUUUUUUUUUUAUCUUUGUUGGCGGAUAUUUGUCAGAAUUUGAAAAAGCAAAAUAAUAUUCAGGAAAUAUGAUUCUCAGGAGCAGUCUCUUCUUGUUGCUCCUAUCUACAUUCCAUCAAGUAACACCUCAAGAAGGAGAGCAGGAGGAUCAGGUGUCCUUCGACUUGUUUGAAAUAAGCCACAUCACACGCAAAACCAUUGGGGUCAGACCAUUCAGGGGCCCAAACUCCAACAUCCCCACCUACCGCUUCAUCCGCUUCGACCACCUGCCUCCCGUCAGGGCCCCCGUCCUGAAGCAAAUCCUCCGACAGAUCCAAAACAACGAGGGCUUCGUGUUCGUCGCCACCAUCCGCCAGGACCGAUCCACGCGGGGGACCCUGCUGGGCCUGGAGGGCCCCGACGGCCGGCGGCAGUUCGAGAUCGUGUCCAACGGGCGCGCCAACACCCUGGACCUGAUCUACUGGGUGGACGGCUCGCAGAACGUGGUGUCGUUCGAGGACGUGGACCUGUCGGACUCGCAGUGGAAGAACGUCACGCUUCACGUUCACGGCGAGAAUGCCAACCUGUUCGUGGGCUGCAGCCUGAUCGACAGCUUCAUCCUGGACGAGCCCUUCUACGAGCAUCUGCAGGCCGAGGGAAGCCGGAUGUAUGUGGCGAAGGGUUCCAUUCGGGAUAACCACUUCAGGGGUCUUCUUCAGGAUGUGCGUUUCAUCUUUGACACCUCGGUGGAAGACAUCCUCCAGAGCCGAGACUGCAAGGUGACUAAACAAGAUGAUGAAAAUGCUGUGAGCGAGAGCACAGAAAUUGUGGACGUGAGUCCUUCCAUCACGACAAACAGCAUAGGUCAGAAGACAGAUGACCUGGACGCGGAUAUGUGCGAACGCUCAUGUGAGGAACUUAGCACCAUGUUCCAGGAGCUCAAAGGCCUCCGUGUUGUUGUCAGUAAUCUCAUUGACGGCUUGCAAAAAGUGACAGAGGAGAACACGGUCAUGAAGGAGGCCCUCGGGAGAAUGAAGGACUCUAAAGAGAAAAACAUGUGCUGGCAGGACGGGCGUCUGUUCGAGGACAAGGAAGACUGGGUUGUAGACAGCUGCACUAAAUGUACCUGCCAGGAGUCCAAGAUUGUGUGUCACCAAAUUACAUGUCCACCCGUGGCCUGUGCCAGCCCCUCUUUAAUUGAUGGAGAGUGCUGCCCUGUGUGCAUGCCUAAAGACAGUGAGGAUGGCUGGUCACCCUGGUCAGAGUGGACAGAGUGCACAGUCACCUGUGGGAUAGGAACCCAACAGAGGGGCCGGUCAUGUGAUGCAACCAGCAACCCCUGCAGCGGACCCUCUAUCCAGACCCGCAAGUGUAGCCUGGGCAAAUGUGACAGCCGUGUGCGCCAAGAUGGAGGGUGGAGUUUGUGGUCCCCAUGGUCGUCUUGCUCUGUGACCUGUGGGGAAGGACAGAUCACUAGAAUACGGCACUGCAACGCUCCUGUGCCACAGCUGGGGGGCAAAGACUGCGAGGGGAGUGGAAGAGAGACUCAGAAGUGCACUGCCAAGCCAUGUCCAAUUGAUGGUGGUUGGGGACCUUGGUCUCCAUGGGCAACCUGUUCUGCAACAUGUGGCGGAGGAAUCAAAAGUCGAUCGCGAGAGUGCAACAGCCCUCAACCACAAUAUGGUGGCAAAAAGUGCAUCGGUGAGGCCACAGACAGCAACAGCUGCAACAAGGAGGACUGCCCCAUUGAUGGCUGCCUGUCUAACCCUUGCUUUGGAGGAGUUGACUGCAGCAGCUCUCCAGAUGGCUCCUGGGAAUGUGGCCCAUGUCCUGCUGGUUUUCGUGGUAAUGGCACUCAUUGUGAAGACGUUAAUGAGUGCGACAUGGUAUCUGACAUUUGCUACAAAGUGAGUGGAACGCAGCGUUGCAUCAACACUGAUCCAGGUUUCCACUGCCUGCCCUGUCCGAAGCGCUACAAAGGCAAUCAGCCUUUUGGUAUGGGUAUUGAAGCUGCCAAGACGAACAAACAAGUAUGCGAACCAGAGAACCCAUGUAAAGACAAGACCCACAACUGUCACAAAUACGCUGAAUGCAUCUACAUCAACCACUUCAGUGACCCAAUGUACAAAUGCGAGUGUCGCACUGGCUACGCUGGAGAUGGCUUUAUAUGUGGCGAAGACUCCGACUUAGAUGGAUGGCCCAAUCAGAACCUUUUGUGUGGUACCAACUCUACUUAUCACUGCAAGAAGGAUAACUGCCCUAGUCUCCCCAAUUCUGGUCAAGAAGAUUUUGACAGAGAUGGCCAAGGAGACGCUUGUGACAAGGAUGACGACAAUGAUGGAAUCCCGGAUGACAGGGACAACUGUGCCCUCCUUUACAAUCCUCGCCAGUUUGACUUUGAUAAAGACGACGUUGGCGACCGCUGUGACAACUGUCCCUACGAACACAACCCAGCACAGAUAGACACCGAUCAUAACGGCGAGGGUGAUUCCUGCGCAGUGGACAUUGAUGGAGAUGAAAUUCACAAUGAGAAUGACAACUGCCCCUAUGUGUACAACACUGACCAGAAGGACACAGACAUGGACGGUGUUGGAGAUCAAUGCGACAAUUGUCCAUUGCUUCAUAAUCCAGAUCAGACUGAUGUGGACAACGACUUGGUAGGAGAUCAGUGUGAUAACAACCAGGACAUUGAUGAAGAUGGUCAUCAAAACAAUUUAGACAAUUGUCCAUAUGUGGCCAACGCCAACCAAGCAGACCAUGACAAAGAUGGAAAAGGAGAUGCAUGUGACUAUGAUGAUGACAACGAUGGUAUACCUGAUGACAAAGACAACUGUAGACUGACACCCAACGAAGACCAGCAGGACAAUGAUGGCGAUGGAAGAGGUGACGCAUGCAAAGACGAUUUUGAUAACGACAACAUCCCAGAUUUCCUCGAUGUGUGUCCAGAGAAUAAUGCCAUUAGUGUGACAGACUUCAGGAAGUUCCAGAUGGUCCACUUGGAUCCUAAGGGAACUACUCAAAUUGAUCCCAAUUGGGUGGUGAGACACCAGGGCAAAGAGCUGGUUCAGACUGCCAAUUCUGACCCAGGCAUCGCAGUAGGUUUCGAUGAGUUCAAUGCAGUGGACUUCAGUGGAACAAUGUAUGUGAACACGGACAGAGACGAUGACUAUGCUGGCUUUGUGUUUGGCUAUCAAUCAAGCGGGCGCUUCUACGUGGUCAUGUGGAAACAGAUCACUCAGACUUACUGGGAGGACAAACCCUCCAAAGCUUUUGGCAUCUCAGGCGUUUCGCUUAAAGUCGUCAACUCAACCACAGGAACGGGAGAAAACCUCAGGAAUGCUUUGUGGCACACGGGAAACACUGCAGGACAGGUCCGCACUUUGUGGCACGACCCCAAAAAUAUUGGUUGGAAGGAUUACACAGCUUAUAGGUGGCAUCUCAUCCACAGACCAAAGACUGGCUUCAUAAGGGUUGUGGUUUAUGAAGGCAAACAGAUCAUGGCUGACUCAGGACCAGUUUAUGACAAGACGUUUGCUGGAGGGAGGUUAGGUUUGUUCGUCUUCUCGCAAGAACUGGUUUUCUUCUCCGACCUCAAGUAUGAGUGCAGAGAUAAGCCAGAGUUUUCAACAGUGUUCAUAAGAUAACUGAAUUCAAAAUUAAGAAGACGGCGAAACAGCAAACGGCAAAAAGACAGGAAUCUCUCCAAGCAAACAUCAUGUCGUCAGUGAAUUGAGCAUUUGCACAUUCACAUGCUUUGCCUUUAUUCAUCCACAGUAGAUAGGAUGACAGAUUUAAGUUUUCCCAGUGACGGAUGCACAUUUUCCAUGCUGAGUAAGAAAAACCGACACAAGUGAAUGGGUUUUAAAAAAGUCUCUUCAGAAUAUAUAAACACAAUUAAAGUACUUAAAAUGUUUCUUUAAACUCAUUGUGUGACCACUUUCUUGGAAGGGAAUAACUUACAAGGGAACUCUUUGUGCUUUCCUACAGUUCUUUUUAUAUCAGUAUUAACUCUUGACUUGGUUUUUCUGUUUUCACUCAUCUGUUAGUCAAAUAAGUUUCCGUACUCAGACAUAACCUGUUACAUCAUUUAAUCCAUCACCAUUCUGAUUUCUUCUCAUCCUGACUGUGUAUUUCUUAUGGAGAACUUGAGUGAACAGUUUCAGCAGUGCCAAAGAUGUUUAUACUAAGUCUGUACCAUAUUUCUUUUUGUAAAUUAUUGAAGCCAGUUUUGUUUGCAAUUUUUUUUGGGCUAGUUUGUAAAUAAUUUAUUUAUUUGUUUACACUGACAUAUAAUUGAAUAUCACAUCAAGAAAACAUAUCACAUUAUCUGGAUUUUUAAGUGUCGUUGUGCACUUUCUGUAAUUGUUAGUUUUUCAAAUCUUUUGUUAAAUUUUAUAUUACAAAGGUUCUUUAACAAUAAGCACAACAGAUGCUUGUGUACGAGACAGAGGAUGAAGACUCAGUCCUUGUCCUCAUAGAAAUAUAUUAAUGUGUGACUGUAACAUUUUUUAAAGUGGCUUUGAUUUUCUUGUUGAUGAGUUGAAAAAGGGUCCAAAUUGGUUAUUAAAUCAUCAACUGCUUGUUCGUUUCAAAUCGUUGAGAAUGUGAGGUUGGUAUGUUAAAGUCAUAUAAAUAAAACAUAGUAAAAAAAAAAGAUCUAUUAGGUUUUUAUCCAAGUGUUAGAUUUAGGUUUGUUUUGUGAAUGUUGUGAAACUGUGUUGGUAGAAAAGAGUCCAGAUGGAUAUCUUUAAGUGUGAUUGUGCGACUGUACAAAGUGGUCUGAAAGUUUGUGAACCUCUGAUUUGGUUGUCAUUAGUCUGUAUAUCCCUAUGUAUCAUUCAUGUUCUUACCUGCUUGAUUACCAUUUCCUUGAAAGGUUGCAAUGCACAAAUUGUAAAUGUUUUUUUUUUGUUUCUUUUUUUUUGUAUUUGUGUUGUUGGAUACACAUUUUUUUCCAGAGACUGA